AUGCUCCAGGCCUCUGCUGUAGAACAAGCAAGCUUUAUAGAUCCUGGACCUCACCGACCGGUUCACGAAGUUCGGGGCAUUGUUGCUUCUCUGAUAAGCAACAAUUAUGCAUUAUUUGAAGCUGCUUUCCGGCAGAUUGACACACUCAACUCGGGUCGUCUGACUCAAGAUCAAAUGUAUCAGCUGCUGAAACGGUAUGAGAUAAUCAGAAAUACUUUUACGAGGACUCCAUGCAUCGCCUAA